AAUAUUCGCAUCACAACUACUGAUGCUCCCUUAAAACGACUAUGGAAGAGAUGCAACCUUUUUACCCGUCCGUCAUUAGGAUUAGGAGAAUUGCGAAUGAAACAACCAAAAGAAAAACAGUGUAAAUGA